AUGUUCACGCGGGGGCCUUUGUCUCCAUUCCCUACGGCCAACACCUUGGGGCUGUUGGUGUCAGCGGGCUCCCCGGCUCUACGGAAGAUUCUCCUGGCCCAAUACCAUCGUGGUUACACUUACGGUCACCAUCAAGCCCCGCCGCCGACUAGUCAUAAACAGUACUUCCCUGCCACAGCCACUUACGCGUCGGCUCCCAACCCCUACAGCGAUCCUACCGCUAUUGGUGUAGGCAGUCAAGUUGCUGAUUAUACGGCAGCGGGGUACCCGCCGGUGCAUGCCAUGGCUCAUGAGAUUGUGGGUAUGGUUCCUAGUUGGGGUUCUAGAACAACUACUCCUUAUGGCGGUGUAUAUAUGGACUCAGCUCCAGAAUCUUACGGGGGAUAUGGCAGCUCGAGCCUCGUCCAUUGCCCGGCACCCUAUAGUGGUGCCCAUUAUGGCCACGGAACUCCUACUACAACCGAAUCCCAGUCCCCCAGCUUUUCCUUCUCCGGUGCUGCGUCCCUACCUACCACUAGUACCGGCGCCGGUCGCUUAUUGCCAAACCCCACAGCCGGAACCGGUACCUCCCACUCCUCCCUCCCUUAUGCCGGCGGCACAGCCAUGAAGACCUCUUCCCAACCAGGAGUAUCGAGCCCCCCCGCCAAUGUCGCUGCUUCUGCAACUGCCUACGGCGGCUUUGAUGGUCUUCCCGCGUCUUACGGAUCAGCUAGCACCGUCAGUGCCGGACACACCUCAUUGACGAUGCGCAUUCGCGAGGAGGGAGGAUGGGGGUGGUAG